AAGAAUGAUAGCCCAUUAUCAUGGAACGCAGAAAAAUAUAUUCGGCAAAUAAAAAAUAUAUCUCAAAUAAAAGAUCAUGCGUGCAAUCCCAUUCUAUUAAAAAUUACUUUGACUGUUUUACCAGGCCUUCUCGGAAAAACAAAAACAUCUCAAAUAAAUCGUAUGGAUUUGUACGAUGAAUUUAUUAUGAAAUGGUUUGAGCGUGCUCAAGAUCGCUUAAAAGAAGAAGGGGCGGCGUUUUUAGAAAAUACAAAUGAGAAAUGUCGCCUGGCGCUUUUUAGCAUGCCAUUAAUUCGACGUGGGAAUCAAUAUUGGUUUUUCCAUAAAUCAUUACGAGAUCACUUAAUAGCUUGCGCGCUAUUAGAUUCAUCUAAAGAUAUGUCACAGGCGACUCUCUUCAACAAGCAGUCGAUUAUACCAGGACCUCAAUUUUUAAUCGAACGAGUCAAACAUAGGGCU